UCAAAAAUCACACAGUCUAGCAUUGCGUUUCGUUGGGAACAGAAAUAUUUGCCGGUUCUGAUUCGGGUGCAAGAAGUACAUAAUUAAAAACAUAUAUAAUAUACUUAUAUACGUACAUAUAUAUUAGAAGAAAAAAAAAUUGUGCAUUCAGUGUCGAAAGUAGUGAUAUCACUAGCUAUUUUUGGAUUUGUUUUAUAAAAAUUAUUAUAUCAAAUAAAAUAUCUUUAAUUAAUAUAUCAAAAUGGUGAAAGCUGCAAUUGGUAUCGAUCUUGGCACAACCUAUUCUUGCGUAGGCGUCUGGCAGAAUAAUAAAGUCGAAAUUAUUGCCAAUGAUCAGGGUAACCGCACAACUCCCAGUUAUGUUGCAUUUAAUGAUACUGAACGAUUAAUUGGUGAUGCUGCCAAAAAUCAGGUAGCAAUGAAUGCCAGAAAUACAGUUUUUGAUGCUAAACGUCUAAUAGGUCGUAAAUUUGAUGAUCAAAAAAUACAAGAAGAUAUGAAGCAUUGGCCAUUCCAAGUUGUAAAUGAUUGUGGCAAGCCAAAAAUCGAAGUAGAAUUUAAAGGAGAACGUAAACGUUUUGCACCCGAAGAAAUUAGUUCCAUGGUAUUGACAAAGAUGCGUGAAGUUGCCGAAGUCUACUUGGGUACCAAAGUAACAGAUGCAGUUAUCACAGUGCCAGCUUAUUUUAAUGAUAGUCAACGUCAAGCUACCAAAGAUGCCGGUUCAAUUGCUGGACUAAACGUAUUGCGUAUAAUCAAUGAACCAACAGCAGCCGCAUUAGCCUAUGGCUUGGAUAAGAAUCUCAAAGGUGAAAAAAAUGUACUUAUCUUUGAUUUAGGUGGUGGCACUUUUGAUGUUUCCAUACUGUCCAUCGAUGAAGGUUCACUCUUUGAAGUGAAAUCAACUGCUGGUGACACACAUUUGGGUGGUGAAGAUUUCGAUAAUCGUUUAGUCAAUCAUUUUGUGGAAGAAUUCAAACGCAAACAUAAACGUGAUGUUUCAGGAAAUGUACGUGCUUUACGUCGUUUGCGUACGGCUUGUGAACGUGCUAAGCGUACACUCUCCUCUAGCACUGAAGCAUCGAUUGAAAUAGAUGCUCUACACGAGGGUAUCGAUUUUUAUUCGAAAAUAUCACGUGCACGCUUUGAAGAGUUGAAUAUGGAUUUGUUUCGUUCCACAUUGCAGCCAGUUGAGCGUGCCUUGACCGAUGCGAAAAUGGAUAAGGCAGCUAUACAUGAUGUUGUGUUGGUCGGUGGUUCUACACGUAUACCAAAAAUACAAAAAAUGCUGCAAGAUUUCUUCUGUGGCAAACAAUUGAAUUUGUCCAUAAAUCCAGAUGAAGCUGUUGCUUAUGGUGCUGCUGUACAAGCGGCUAUUUUGACCGGUGUUGGCAGUUCACAAAUUCAAGAUGUUUUGUUGGUUGAUGUAACACCGUUGUCAUUGGGUAUUGAAACCGCUGGAGGUGUCAUGACCAAACUAAUUGAACGCAAUGCCCGUAUACCAUGCAAACAACAACAAACCUUUACCACUUACAGUGACAAUCAGAAUGCUGUGACUAUACAAGUUUAUGAAGGUGAACGCGCUAUGACUAAGGAUAACAAUUUACUUGGUACCUUCAAUUUAACCGGUAUACCACCAGCACCACGUGGUGUGCCUAAAAUUGAGGUAACCUUUGAUUUGAAUGCUGAUGGUAUAUUAAACGUAUCGGCUAAGGAUAAUAGUACUGGCAAGUCAGAGAAAAUUACAAUCACAAAUGACAAAGGACGUCUGUCAAAGGCUGAAAUCGAUCGUAUGUUAUCCGAUGCUGAAAAGUAUAAAGAUGAGGAUGAAAAACAAAAACUACGCAUACAAUCUAGGAACACUCUUGAAGGUUAUAUAUUCAGUUGUAAACAGGCUAUUGAAGAUGUACCCGAGGGUAAACUUACCGAUUCUGAUAAGUCCACAGUCCGCGAUAAAUGCUCUUCCGAAAUGUCUUGGUUAGAUGCGAAUACUUUAGCAGAGAAAGAAGAAUUCGAUGAUCACUUAAAGGACUGUCAACGUGUUUGUGGUCCUGUUAUGGCUAAAAUGCAUGGCUCUGGUGGUAAUGGUGAUGCAGGCGCAAAACCAAGUCAAGGUGGACGUGGUGGACCUACAGUAGAAGAAGUUGAUUAAAAAGUUGAAAUUGUAAAAUGUUUUAAGUUUUUGACCUUUUGAACUUUUGAACUUUUAGUUUUAUCUUUUUUUAAUAAAUAAAUCUAUUUUUUUUAA